AACUCCGGCCAAAUCCCACAACAAUCAAAAGAGUUAUAAUUUUACAAGCCCUACUCAGAACUCACAUUUCCUUUAAACCUCUUCCGUUUGAUAUAAACCAAUGGCUGCGAUCAGGUGUUUUGCAGUUGUGGCUUUUAUACUUGGUUUGUCGGCUGCCAUUGUGUCAGAAGCCCGCGUGGCGAGGAAGGACCUGGGGAUCGACCUUGGAGGAGUCGGAGUCGGGCUUGGAGCAGGAAUAGGCUUGGGAGGCGGUAGUGGGUCAGGUUCCGGAGCCGGAGCAGGAUCCGGAUCCGGGUCCGGGUCGAGCUCCUCCUCAUCAUCGUACUCGUCAAGCUCAAGCUCUGGGUCCGGUGCGGGGUCCGAAGCCGGGUCGUAUGCUGGCUCAUACGCGGGGUCUCGGGCGGGCUCAGGGUCUGGUGGGAACAGAGGGUCGGGGUCAGGUUCGGGGUAUGGCGGAGGUUCGGGCAGAGGGAGCGGUGAAGGUUACGGAGAAGGCCAUGGCUACGGCGAGGGACAUGGUUAUGGCGGAGGCAACUGAAGAAGAAAUUACCAAACAUCAAUACGACGCCGUAUAAUAAAUCUAAAAGUACUAGUGUUAUAGCUACGUACUGUUGUUGAUCUAAUCAGUAAUCAUCAUCCCUAUUUUUAAGUAUUUUAAAUAAAAAAAUAAAUGAUGAUGCGUCUGCGUCGGCUAGUGUUAAUUCUCUUGUGUGUUUUCAUAAUUAUAUUAAUGGACUUUGGUGACAAUUUAUGCAUAAUGUAGUUUUGAUCUUAAA